CGUUGGAAGUUGCUCUCGCGGUAUGUUAGUGUGACGUGAAGCUACUCGGUGUCACGUGACAUUGUUUUGCUUCAGCAGCUGUGUAGCAGAGCAGGCUCUCUGCAGUGAAGUUUAAAAUGGCAAGAAACGAAGAGAAGCAACAAGGGAAACUAAACAGACUCUGGUUUCAGAAAGAGAGAGAGGAGGGACGACUGAAAGAUGUCCAUGAGCGGAGACCUAAGCUGUCUACUCUUAAUUCAGCUUCCUCUGUGAAAAAGUGGAUCCCCAGCAUCAACAAUGAAAUCGAGUAUUAUUUGCAGCAAUCGCAGCUGUCCCAUUACCCAGAGAGGAAGAUCGCAGAGUUCCAGCUGCACAUCGAGGCGUUAGAAAGAGAGUACAAAAGAUUUAUCUCCAAACUACGAGUUCUUGACCCCACCUGUAAACAUAAGCCAUGGACUCCUCGGGCAUACUGCAAAAGGAGAGCAGUCACACAGGAAUCUACAGGUACAGUGAAAAAGCCCCGACCCUGUGAGUCACACGAUGGUGAGAGUGACUUGGCCAGCAGUUGGACAGGAUGUCACAAAACCACAGAGAGACAUUUAAAGACACGCUUUCAAACCCCUGUCCCCACCGACCCAAACUCAGAAACCUCAGAGACAGAUCAGGACCAGCCCCUCUCCUUCGACCAUACGAGGCUGGCGGUGGCCGCUGCUGCGUACAGAGGACCGUCGGUUCAGCGAGACUCCUCACAAACACAGAGCCUGGCCAGGGUGCUGCAGUCUGGCCUGCCAAACAUUGUUAACGCUUCAUUCAGGCAAACCCAGAGCAGAGAGACACAGAACGAUGCUGCAAGUGUCGUCCAAGACUGUAAGUCAGACUGCGAUGCAGCAGAAAGGAAACCUGGGAGAUCCUCCAGCAGUGGGACAACAGAGGAGAGGACGGGUCACGUCCUGGGACUAGACUGUUACUCUUCUUCUGAUGACGAGUGUGACACGUGAUGUUUUUUCAUCAUGAAAUGUAAUGGUCUACAUUUUCUAUAUUUUAAAUAACAAUCGGAUGUUUUAUGGAACCUCUUGGUGCUCUGUAUUCAUUUAAAGGCUUGAUUAGUCAUA